CUGGAGAGUAGAGAAGAACAGCUCCCACCAGAUCAGAUUCAACAUAAACCAUGUUCUCUGGAUGUCUGGUGCUGCUGCUGGCAGCUACUACCUGUGUUCACUGUGAAGAACUCACUCAGCCACCCUCUAUGACUGUCCAGCCAGGUCAACCACUGACCAUUUCCUGUAAGGUCUCAUACUCUGUAUCUAGCUAUUACACAGCUUGGAUUCGACAACCUGCAGGGAAAGCGCUGGAGUGGAUUGGAGAAAUCUACACUCGUGGAAGCACAGGUUAUAAAGAUUCACUGAAAAACAAGUUCAGCAUCACAAGAGACACAUCAAGCAACACAUUGUUUUUAAAAGGACAGAGUCUGCAGACUGAAGACACAGCUGUGUAUUAUUGUGCUCGUAUGGGUGGGGGUGGGGCUUUUGACUACUGGGGAAAAGGCACAUUGGUUACCGUUUCAUCAGCCACAGCAACUGCCCCGACUUUGUUCCCUUUGGCACAAUGUGGUUCCGGGACCAAAGAUAUUCUGACUCUGGGUUGCAUGGCCACUGGCUUCACGCCGCCUUCCAUCACCUUUAAAUGGAAUGACUCCACCAAGACUGCCCUGACUGAUUACAUCCAAUACCCCUCAGUCCUGAGCAAUGGAAAAUACAUGGGAGUUAGUCAGCUUAGCGUGAAGAAAGCGGACUGGGAUACGAAGGAUUUCGUAUGUGCUGUGGAACAUUCAGCUGGUAACAAGGAAGUGACAAUUCGGAAACCAGGUCCUGAUGCUGAUAACUGCAAAGACUUUUCAGUGUCUGUCUACAUUCCCACACAGGAGGACAUCAAUGAAAAAGGGGUUGUGCCACUAGUCUGCCUGGUGGACAGUCCAUCUUCUUGUAAAUUCAGUAUCUUGUGGAAAGAGGGUCAACCCCCCAAUAAUAAUCAGCAGGAGAAUGACAUCGAUACUAGGGACCCUCAGAAAACCAGCACUGGCAGAUAUUCCAUCACCAGUGUCUUCAACAGCAGCAAAGAGAAAUGGGAAAACAAUGUCCAUUUCUCCUGCUGCGUCAGACACCUUGGGUGGGAUGCUGGCACUGCGGCUAGAGAGAUAAGUGUGUCGAAGGCCUCGGAGAAGAACCAGGACAGUUUCCCAGUUACAGACUGCUCCAAGAAGGACGAUGAAGAGGAUGAGUUCAGAAGCCUGUGGUCCACCUCCGCCACUUUCAUUAUCCUCUUCUUCCUUUCUAUAACCUACAGUGCAGUGAUCAGCCUGGUUAAGAUGGAGCAAUGAGUCAGACAAGAUGAUGACUGAGAUCAUAUCUUGAUCAGAAAUGUAAUGGACUGGGAUAGUUAUGACAUGGUGUUGUCGGUAGAAAUGUUUAGAAAACUGGUUCUUCUGAUCCUGGAUAAGGUUUUUAUUUUCCAUUUUUCCCCCUUGAGGAUUUCAGUUUGUUUUUCAAAUGAAUUGUUCACAUUA